CGCGCUGCGUGUAACAGGGGCCGGGGGGCUUAGGGAUUCCCGGUGCGCGCUGCGUGUAAUGGGGCCAGGGGGGGCUUAGGGACCCCGGUGCGCGCUGCGUGUAACAGGGGCCGGGGGGCUUAGGGAUUCCCGGUGCGCGCUGCGUGUAAUGGGGCCAGGGGGGGCUUAGGGACCCCGGUGCGCGCUGCGUGUAACAGGGGCCGGGGGGCUUAGGGAUUCCCGGUGCGCGCUGCGUGUAAUGGGGCCAGGGGGGGCUUAGGGACCCCGGUGCGCGCUGCGUGUAACAGGGGCCGGGGGGCUUAGGGAUUCCCGGUGCGCGCUGCGUGUAAUGGGGCCAGGGGGGGCUUAGGGACCCCGGUGCGCGCUGCGUGUAACAGGGGCCGGGGGGCUUAGGGAUUCCCGGUGCGCGCUGCGUGUAAUGGGGCCAGGGGGGGCUUAGGGACCCCGGUGCGCGCUGCGUGUAACAGGGGCCGGGGGGCUUAGGGAUUCCCGGUGCGCGCUGCGUGUAAUGGGGCCAGGGGGGGCUUAGGGACCCCGGUGCGCGCUGCAUGUAACGGGGGCCAGGGGGGGCUUAGGGACCCCGGUGCGCGCUGUGUGUAACGGGGCCCGGGGGGCUUAGAGACCCCCGGUGCGCAUUGCGUGUAAUGGGGCCCGGGGGGGCUUAGAAACUAUGGUGCGCGCUGUGUAAUGGGGGAGGGAGCCAGCAAAGGAGACUCAUAGGCGGAGCAGGGGGCAGCACUGGCCACGGCCUGCUUGGGUGGAGACAAAACCCUGUUACACAGUCACGGCCCUCGGCGCGGGACCAGCCAGGUCUUCCUGAGCCAGAACAGGCAGCAUUCGGAGCCACAGCUGCUCAUCACUUUUCAGCUUCAGCCAGGCUUCUUAUCUGGAAAGCUAAAAACCAGCCCGAGGGCAGCCUGAGGAGGCCGUGGGUCCUUGGGAAGGGGCAGGUGGCAGAGGAGGUGGUGGAGACCAUCUUGUGUGCACCAGGCUGGUCAGAGCGGUACUAGAGUAACAGGCUUUCCUCCCUACCCCAGAAAAGUUGCAGAGAGGAUGGAGUCGAAGUAGAUUAGCCUGGAUGUCCUGCCCUUGCGUUGUCCAGGAGAACUGCCCCUAUCUUAGCUUGAGAAUGGGGCAGGCGCAGGAUGGGACACUGAGCAUCUUGGUGGAGUAGAAGCUUUUGGUGGAGACAAAAUCGCGUUGCAUUUGUAACCCUCUCAGUUGCGGUAGCAACCAUCUGCAAGUGGGCCAAUGCAGUCUCAUCUUCCUAAGCCUGAGCAGGCAGCAUUAGUGCUGCCCUGGCUACUCUUAGCUUUUCCCAGCUUCAGCAAGGUUGAAGGAAGAAGCUAAAAAUCAGCUCUUACUUCAAUCAUCCUGAACAAGCUUUGAGCAUCAGUAGAGACAUUCAUGGGAGAGGAGGGAUCAGAGACCGUCCUGUGUGCACCGAGAUGGUCAGAGCAGCGCUAGCGUAACAGACUUCUCCCCCCUUGGAAAAGUCCUAGAGGGGAUGGAGUAGAAGUAGAGCAGUUGGGACAUCCUGCCCUUGCAGCUACCAGAACUGCUCACCUCUAGCUGGUUCUGUCCAACUGCUCGUAGCUUGAGGAUGCGGUAGAGCCUUCGAAUAGAUUAUUUGUUGAUAUAACUUGGUGGAAACCUGUGCGCUUUCUUCUGUCCUGGUGGUCACCACAUGUAGAGCUGAUUCUUUUGCUGGGCUGCUUCCCUGGAAGCACUCCCUCCAAAUCAUUUGUCUCUCACUUUGGGAAGUAAGUUCAGCUCCCCAGCAGACAGCCUUCUGUCAGAGUUCACUCUGGUGGCUCAGUGAAUUGCACUACUCUGGAAAUGGCAGAUACAUGGCAGCAAGUUAGAAAUUGAUGAUACUUUUAGUUCUUGAUACUGUCUAGGCUCAGUGAUAAGCCAUAGGAUUUGCACCACUUUAAUAAUAAGCAAAGGGUGUGUGCUUAGUAUGAAGACGUAUCUAACAUUUUUAGGCUGUAUAUUUGUUUUUUUCUGCCAGAACAAGUUACCCCUUAUACAAAUUUAAUAUCAUUUAUACUAAUCCUACCAGCUAGUCCUAACAAACCAGACCUACCAGCUAGUUUUUAACAAGUAUUAAAAAUGAUAGGUCUUUCAGUGAUUCAUGCUUUGGAUCUGUGGUGUAACUGAGUCUCAGCUACUUGUAGUUUUUAAUUGCUGUCGAUUUACUGACUUAUAGAGAUCAUGCUAGUGUCCAAGAUAAGAUAUGCUAGGUGUGUUCCAAAGACAGCAGUUUUAGCUCAUCGAUCUAUACACUGCACUGUGCUUACAGAUGACUUUACUGUACUGCCUUUGCUGUUUGCUUCUGAAAUUGGCCAUCUGAGUGAGCUGCCUGUUCAGAGUUUUUACUUCAGUUAACUACACACUACACUGUGUACUGGUACUCUGCCCUCCUUGUAAGCGAGCACAACAGCUGUUUGAUUAAAAAUCACUGGUAAAAACUGAGUUAAAGAAACGCUAAGUGGCGUUCAAAGGCAGAAUUCCUCAGCUAGAUUUCUACCUUUUCAAGGGCUCCUCCUCAUUCCCUAGUGUAGUUCUAUGGCCUCCAUCCUUCUCAAGCUAUCUUGUUACCUAUAUGGAAACUCCCUUCGCUUAGUUUCAUAUUCUAGCCCCCCCACUCCCCACUCAUAUUUUUCUUUCUUUCUUUCUUUUUUUUUUUUUAAUUAGGAGGAGGGGAAAAAACUGGGUUUGAGGAUUGAGAUUCCUGAACUUGGUUCACAACUCAUUUUAUGAGCUGUCUUAUUCCUAUACAAGGAAGCAUUUUUGCCAAGGCUUGCUCUGCACUGACCUGCACUAUUGAUGAUAGUUGUCUACAAAUGCAGAAGACCUAUUUUGCACCCCAACCCUCAGACGGUUUCCCAUCUCCUAAGGAACUGAUCCUUCUUUGUCUUUUGAAUGAAGCCUUUUUGAAGAUUUUGGAUUAUAACUGCAAGUGAAUCUAUGCAAGGAAAGAAGAGCUAGUGUGGAUAUUUGUUUGAGAUAAGCAUGAGAUCACCGUGGCACUGCUGCAUGCGUAGUCACUCUUGAAGCAAUUGCACACCCAAUUGGCUGACAAUCUUGGCAUUCUUAAAACAAACACAAACUGUUUAAAGCCAGGGGACAUCAGUAUUUAUGAAUUGCUAAAGACACGUGUUGGGUGUCAUCUCAUGGAGCCUUCUGGCAAUGAACAGAUCUGUGAUGACCCUGAUCCUGGAGGCAAAUCGCAAGAUCAAGAGGGCAAAAGACCACAUGAGUCAGAACAAAAGUUGUCCAAAAUUACCCAUAAUGCUUUGGAGAACAUUAAUGUGAUUGGUCAAGGCUUGAAGCACCUUUUUCACCACCAGCGCAGGAGGUCCUCGGUGUCUCCACAUGAUGUGCAACAAGCCCAGGCCGAUCUGGAACCUGAAAUGGAUCUGGAAAACCAAACCACCUGUGCUGAAAUUGAUGGUGUCUCCACCCACCCCACAGCUCUGAACCGAGUGCUCCAGCAGAUUAGAGUACCGCCUAAGAUGAAGAGAGGGACAAGCCUGCACAGCAGGCGGGGCAAGUCAGAAGCCCCAAAGGGAAGCCCGCAGAUCAGCAGGACGUCCGGCCAAGAGUAUUCAGGCCGGCCCAGGUCAUCAUCCACUACUGAUGCUCCUACCAACUUGUCUGGGAUGGAGGUGGCUUCUUCUAGUUAUGUAGCUGGUGACGAGACCACAGCAGCAGAGCGGAUUGAGCGGCUAGAAGUGAGCAGCCUAGCACAGACCUCCAGCGCAGUGGCCUCAAGCACUGAUGGCAGCAUCAAUGCUGACUCUGUGGACGGGACCCUAGAUCCUCAGCGGACAAAGGUGGCUAUCACUCACCUACAGCAGAAAAUACUGAAGCUGACAGAGCAGAUCAAAAUUGAGCAGACUGCCCGGGAUGAUAACGUGGCGGAGUACCUGAAGCUAGCUAACAACGCUGACAAGCAGCAGAGCGCCCGCAUCAAGCAGGUGUUUGAGAAGAAGAACCAGAAAUCAGCUCAGACCAUCCUGCAGCUGCAGAAGAAACUAGAACACUACCACCGGAAGCUCCGGGAAAUCGAGCAGAAUGGCAUCCCGCGGCAGCCAAAGGAUGUCUUCAGGGAUAUGCAUCAGGGCUUGAAGGAUGUGGGAGCUAAGGUUACUGGUUUUAGUGAAGGGGUAGUGGACAGUGUUAAAGGUGGGCUUUCCAGUUUCUCCCAAGCAACACAUUCGGCAGCAGGAGCUGUGGUAUCCAAACCUCGGGAGAUUGCCUCCCUGAUAAGGAACAAGUUUGGGAGUGCAGACAAUAUUGCUAAUCUGAAGGACUCCCUGGAAGAAGGGCAGGAGGAUGGGAAGACUCUGGGUAUUCAGAACUUUCAGUCAAGCCCAAAAUACGGCAGUGAAGAGGACUGCUCCAGUGCCACAUCAGGCUCUGUGGGAGCCAACAGCACCACAGGAGGCCCGGUGGGAGCUUCCAGCUCCAAAACAAAUACUCUGGAUAUGCAGAGCUCAGGGUUUGAUGCAAUACUACAUGAGAUUCAAGACAUCCGAGACACACAGGCAAGACUGGAAGAAUCCUUUGAGAGCCUUAAGGUUCACUAUCAGCGGGAUUAUUCGUUAAUAAUGCAGACUCUGCAGGAAGAACGGUACAGAUGUGAACGACUUGAAGAGCAGCUGAAUGAUUUGACAGAGCUCCACCAGAACGAGAUCCUCAAUCUAAAGCAGGAGCUGGCCAGCAUGGAGGAGAAAAUUGCCUAUCAGUCUUAUGAGCGAGCCCGAGACAUCCAGGAGGCCCUCGAAGCCUGUCAGACCAGGAUUUCCAAGAUGGAGCUUCAGCAGCAACAGCAGCAAGUGGUGCAGUUAGAGGGGCUGGAGAACGCCACUGCCAGGAACCUGCUGGGUAAAUUCAUCAACAUCCUCCUGGCUGUCAUGGCUGUUCUCCUAGUCUUCGUCUCCACCGUGGCCAACUGCGUUGUCCCCCUCAUGAAAACUCGCAAUAGGACGUUCAGCACUUUAUUUAUAGUGGUUUUCAUUGCUCUUCUGUGGAAGCACUGGGAUGGCAUCACUAGCUACUUGGAACGGUUCUUGCUGCCUCCCAGAUGAUGGCACGAGGCAUUGGCUGCAUUGCCCCACACAUCCCAGCACUUGCUGGUGGAUGAGCGUCGCAAAGAUUAGUCAGCACCGACGCUGCUGAAGUUUUAAAGUGUCCGAGUGAAUUUGUUUACAUUUAGAAUAACGUUUUUCUCUGCGAGACGCAUUGCAAUAGUAUUUUUUAGAUUUUAUUCAAGAACUCUUUUUGGCGAGAAUCCUGGAUAAUUUUUAUGUAGCAUGGUUCUCUUUGGAUGCAAAUCUUCAGAUUCUUUAGCGUACAAAAGAAUACAGUGAAAAUACACAAAUGUGGAGCACACCAAUGGGCAAUUUAAAUUAUGGUUUGAACUACUGUACUAAACUUGGUUAGGAAGAGGAGAACACGGUUAGCUUAAAUAGCCAAGAUUAAUCUAGUGCACAGCCUUGUGUGAUGGUACCACAGCGAACCUGCAAUGCUAAUCUUUACUGUGAAGCCUGCUCACAUUCCAUGUCCGAAUGUAUGGGUUCAGGGUGUUUUUUUCCUUAAGGAGGGGGAAGAAAAACCAAACACAUGGAUCCCUCCCCCUAGCUCAGCUCCUGGGUCGGCCAUUUGUGCUAAUAUGACGUACAAUAAUUUUCUGUGAGGCCGGUUACCUUUUGCUAAGUAUACGAAGUGGAAGCGUUAUGCCGUACACAGUAACUGCACAGUUGUACUACAGUAUUUUGAAGUAGCCCUUUAAAUACUUAUCUUUAAGCAGGAGCCCUUGGUCGCACUUUUAAGGUUUUUUUAUAUAUGUAUAUUCACAGAUUUAAAAAAAUUCGAACAGCAUACUUGAAGAGUGUAAUACUCAAACUCUCAGUGCUUCCUUAUUGUUUCUAAUAGGAUUUUUUAUUAUAAUUAUUAUUAUUAUAAUUAUUAUUAUUAUUAUUGGGGGUUUUUUUGGAAGGGGUUGGGGGGGUCGUUUUUUCCUUUUAAAUAAAGAAGUGAUGUUUUUAAAUGAAGAAAUGCGUGAAUAAUUGUGAGCCGUCUUGUCCUGAAACAGUUUUGAAGAGGGCAGGAAGGAGUUUCUAGUGAGAGCCUGUCUGCUGGAAUGCAGUGCUGUUGACAUGCCAUUUCUCUGUCCUCCCGUGCUUGCGGAUGCAGCAUCAUGAUCAACAUCCGCCUUUCCCACACAUUUUUUUGUUACACGCUUCUCUCUCCUUUCUCCUCUCUGGUGGGUGUGGAAGAGAAAAGGUGUCAGGUUUCUCUUUCCCAAAUCUGUCACUCUUGGCCUCACAGUAGUUAAAGUACAAGCAAACAAUUUCUUUUCAUCCCAUUUGGGAAAAGACAGGGUUUUUUUAAUGGAAAGAAAUAAGAAAAAAAAAAAAGUUCAUUCAGAAGAGUGAUUCUGUCAUAAAUAUCCCUGAAGAUUUAUUUUUAAAUAAAUCCCUGAUAACUGAAACCAAAGUUGUUCCACCCCCCCACCCUUUCCAUCCACCAUCUCUCUAAGAUCAUCUGUCUUUGUUUAGAGGACACCUUUUUAUGCUGUGUGUAUCCAUUGAGCAUGGCACAGAGAGACUCCCCUUUUUCUCUAGUUGGGAAGGCAAGUACUUAAGACAGAUGCUGUGUCAGAGCACUAGAAGAAAUGUCAGUGACGGAUGCAACUCCUGUCUCCGCACUAUGUUUUGCAGUUGCUCGUUGUUACAGGCAGGGCUUCAUAUCUAAGGACUCUGGCUUCGCUCUGCUUUUCCUUCUGGCUGAGCAUCUGCUUCUACUAUAAUAAGUCCUGUUCUUAGUUCCAUCCCAGGGAAAUCAAAAAAUGGAUAAUCCAGUAGAUUCUUUCACACCAUUUGCAGUAUUUGGUCAGGCUCCUUGUUUUCCUUUUUACUUGGCCUAAGUUCCACGUAGGAACUAAACAACGCUCAAGUGACCUAGAGUGCUACGUAAUAGGAAGUGUAGGGAUUUGUGCUAUUGUGUAAACACCAGGCCCAGGGAAAUUCCCCAGAACUAGGCUGGCACCUCCUUCUCAGCCGGGAAGAAGGUCUUACUCUUCUAGUUGCUGAAGAAAGACCUCCAGUUUCCAAGCUGUCAUCUUCCUCCUUCAGAGAUUCAACAUAUCAUUUCCCUAGCUGCAGCUGUCUUUAAACUCAGGUAUCCCACGAUUAUUCCAGCCACCUCACUAUGCCAUUGUGGACUAAUCCGUUCCUGUCCUUGUUAAAAAAUAAAUUGCCAAUUGCAGCUGACUUGAGCCAAAAAUAAGCAUUAUUAUUUCCACAGAGCUGAAAAUGGAGCAUGGAUUAUAUAACAUUGCCCUCUUAGAUCGCAAUCACCAGCUAAGGUUAACCCAUUGGCGUCACCAUCCUUAUCUGGUUGGUAAAAAAGAGAUCUAAUCUGUUUUCAUUCAUUCACGUGAUUGAUUCUCCUUUCCUGUUGGGUUUCCUCAGAAACAGAAGUAGGAAAAUCACAGUAAUAAACUGCUGGUAUGUCGCCUAAGAGCUCUCUUACCUCUGUUUCUGCAAAGCAGUCUUAGCAUCUCUAUAGUUUUGGUUGCACAGGGCGUAUCUAUGCAAGGUGCUACUGUAGAGUCAUUACCAUGCAUUUAUUUAGUACUUGUAUUAGCAAGUACUAAAUAAAUGCACAAUAACCAGAGUUACUGCAGAGUAGCACCUGCGAACAUCUUUUAAGUGAUGCACAGUAGUGCAGCAGCCUAAUAAUACUGUGCAGUAGUGUAUUAGCACUAUCUGUACUGUGAUGCACUACUGUACAGUAUUUUUUCAGCUACUUGUGUAGAUGCGCCCACUGUAACAGUUUGCAGUAGGUUUAGUACAUGAUCAAAGCUGUUGGCAUGAGUUGAAAGCCAACAGAUUUUUACACUCAACUCCAUAUUUUAAUAAUAUUUGAAGGAAGUAUUUGUCCCCUUUUUAUCUCCUGUGUAUCCUAAUUUGAUUUCUGCACUUUGACUGUGUUAAUCUUCUUUAGAAAACAAUACCUGCAUUUCCCAGAAGGAAUGGGCUUCAUAGAAACUCUUCACCUUAAAACUGUUUUGUGAAGGCCAGUUAUUUGGCCCUGGACAAUGUCUGUCUGUCUGUGUGUCUCUCUCUCUCUCGACAGUUUUCCAUUCCAAAAAGUUGUCUGCAGUUAAUGCCAUUUAUGAUGCUGCAUCCACUUUUAAUAUCCUAACGCAACUACCAUAUGUGAGUUGCCUUUUUCUUUAGCCAAAUGGUUAUUUCCACGCACACUCCCUUCAAUCUGAAGGUCUGUGAUGAACCUCUAAUACUUUUAACAAUGAUUUACACUGUUGGAAAUGUGAUGCGAGCUUCAGAGCUCCCUUUUCUUGUAAGUGGUUGUGCUCGUUCUCUUUAAGAUGAAGCAUUCCUGGAUGACUUGUAGAAGACAAGUAUCUGCCAUGAGUGUGCAUGUGCGUGAGCCUUUUCUGAUGUCUGGUAGAUUGUGUGACUGCCUCUGAGUUGCAGAAUGUUUCCUGGAACAUUUCCAGUUUGGAAUUGGAGCAAUUCUGGAAUGCUUGCAUAUUGUUAAGCACAUAUCAGCGGGGCAUAUAAAGAAGGGAAGCAUGUCAUGUACCAAUUUUUGGUCAAAGAGGAGAAGACCUUUCAGUGAAUUCCAUGGUUCACAUGAAGUUCAUCUCUUUUCCCAGUCUCCUCUCAAUUAAGAAGUUGGGGAGGGAGACUUAAAGCAGAAAAGUUAUAAUUUUUAGACAAGUUCAUCAAAUUCACCUUCCCCUCAGUCUCAUUAGUUUAAUGAUGCUGAGCAUGCUCACGGCAAUUACUUUAUUGGUUUUUUUUUUCCCCAAUCUAGUGAGUAUACUUGGUCUGAUCAAAUUAAAUAUUGAGUUCUGUACAUGUUGCACAAGGCCAGAAGAGACACUGUCUUUCAGCUUUGGGAAAAUGUUCAUUUUCUUUUAAACAAAAAAGCAGCAGUAUAACAAAAAAAGAAGCCAAGCUACAAAGGGGUCUUUUUGAGAUUGGACGGCUUUGCCAGUUUUAAGUGAAUUCUGAAUGCGGCUACAAGUUGAAAACCCUGUGUGUCUGUGUUUGUGUAUGCCAGGUGGAAUCGUUGUAGGCAAUUGACUUAGCUGUAAGUGUGGUUUUUAAAAGUGUAAGAAAAAAAAUAAACAGCAAAACUCACUUGCACGGGUUGAAAAGUACAGAAAUGACACUUGUGAACGUAACACUGUAGUUUAUAGAUCUUAAGCUGCUAAUUGUUGAGAGAGAUUUACAUUUGUCUUGUCCGAUCGUCACAGAUACAUCUGCGACACUUUUACUGUAUAUAAAAAAAAUUUAAAUAAAGACCUCAACUAUUAA